AUGAGCUCUUGUUCCAAUAUUCCCGAGAUCGAGAAGGCCGCUACCGUCGAUACGGUGCACCAUGAUGAAGCAAUCAAGGUUCUCGCCAAUUACAGCGGUGAUGACACCUGGACUGAGGAGGAAGAAAAAAAGUUGCUCCGCAGAAUUGAUUGGAGUUUGAUGCCAAUCCUGUGCGUGACCUACGGGUUGCAGUAUUACGAUAAGGCGAUGUUCUCGCAAGCUGCACUGUUUGGUUUGCGUACAGAUUUGGACCUCGAUAUUGGGAACCGAUACUCUUUCUCUGCUGCAAUCUUGUAUCUGGGGUUCAUGGUGGGAGCUUAUCCCGCCAUGACCCUAGCACAAAGAUUCCCGAUUGAGCGCGUUGCCUCAGUCAUUAUCACACUCUGGGGUAUCUGUCUCAUCUUGACCCCGAUGUGCUUCAAUUAUAGAUCACUAUAUACACAACGGUUCUUCCUGGGCCUGUUGGAGAGCGGCAUCAGUCCGAUGUUCAUGCUCAUAGUUGGCGGUUGGUACAAAAAGAACGAACAAGCUAUGAGAAUGGGAGUGUGGUACUGCUGCACAGGCUACGUCUCCGUUUUCUCCCCACUUGUAAACUACGGGAUCGGCCAUAUCAGAGGCUCUCUCUCCCCUUGGAAAUACAUGUACUUCGUCGCCGGUGCAGUAACAAUAGUCUGGGGCCUAAUCCUCGUCUUCCUCCUACCCCCGGACCCAAUCCAAGCCAGGGGCUUCAACGAACGCCAGCGAUACAUCGCUGUCGCCCGGCUCCGGGUUAACAACUCUGGAGUGCGAAACACGCACUACAAAAAGGGACAGGUGGUUGAAUUACUAGCAGACCUGAGAUUCUGGCUGAUUUUUUUCGUUGCGUUCCUAAGCAUGAUUGCCAAUGGACCGAUUUCUACCUUUACUCCUAUCAUUAUUAACUCGUUUGGGUUUGAUACGCUCAAUUCAUUGCUGUUGGUUAUGCCGCAGGGUUUCCUGGCUGGGUCUUAUCAGCUCCUUGCGCCGUAUCUUGCGUACCGGUUUGCGCAUAGAGGCGCGAGGUCUUGGAUUGUUUUCUCGGCUCAGAUGAUUACUACCCUUGCUGCAUUAUUGUUAGUUGUUCUCCCUCUGGAUGCUACCGGUGGCAUGCUCUUUGCGUGCUAUAUUCUUCCUGCUACUGGUGGUGGAUACGCUGUUCUUAUGGGGUUGCAGGUUGCCAAUGUUGCUGGGUACACGAAACGUUCAGUUGCAUCAGCGGGUUUGUAUAUUGGGUACUGUCUUGGGAAUUUCACCGGUCCGCUGAUUUUCGAAGAGAAAGAUACCCCGCGCUACGUGCCGGGCUUUAUUACUGUGGUCGUGACCUCUUUCGUUGCCGGUGUCACUGUACUUAUCUACCGGUUUGUGUGUGCCUGGGAGAACCGGAAACGAGAUCGGUCUGGUACUCCGGAGGGAUACGAGAAUGCGUACCAGGAUGAUUUCACUGAUAAAACGAACCCCCAAUUUCGAUACAUUCUGUAAAAGCCCCAAGGUGGAGGACCCUCCAUAGCACAAUAAUCAAACGACCAUUCAGAAAUACUAUCAUCACAAGGCUCAACUGUAAAGGACCAGGCUCCUUAGUUGCCUGUACAGCCAUUCUACUAUAAGCAGUGGUUGCGUGGUGUGGUGUGUUGACUACUUGUUGACUUAUGAGAUAGCGUCUCUACAGCUUUUGAAGUAUACCAUACCUUUUCUAAUAUCGG